CCGCAUCCUCCUCCACAUCCAACGCUCGCCUUUUUCCUCUAAUACACCCCUCGAACGACCUUAGACAUAUUCCAAGACAACCUACGAGCACCGUUCACCCUCAUCCUCCCCAUCAGCUUGAGCUAUAUCCGCCGCGAGAUAGUCGGGUUUUCUCCCUUUGGGCACAAGAUCUUUGGCCUUGCGACCAUGUCUGACUCCGAGUCCACCCUCUCGCCAGAGCCAACACGCCGCACUGUCAAGAUCAUAUUCUUUUCCGACUACAUAUGUGCAUUUUGUUAUAUCGGCAACAAGGUCCUUCAAGACGCCAUCAGGGCCUGCUCUGACCUCCCACUACAAUUUGACAUCGAAUUUCGUCCGUUCGCUCUUCUGUGCUCGUUGCCAUGCGGCACUUCGAUUAAGCGCACCGAGUUUCUCGAGAAGAAGUUCGGUAAGGAGGACGUCCUGAUGAAGAUGCAGUAUGUCGAGACCAUAGCCGAGCAAGUCGGACUCAAGAUCGCUCGUGAUGGCAUCGUCUGCAAACCUGUAAACGCCCACCGACUUGCCGCCAGAGCCUACGUGCUCGGCGGUCAAGAACUGCAGAGCAAAUUCGUUCAGAAAGUAUUCGAUACUGUCUUCAGAGAUGCGAAGGAUAUCAGUAACAGGGAAGUCCUCGUCGACAUGGCCCUCGAAGCCGGCCUGAUGGAAACCAAAGAGGAGGUGAAGAAAUUCCUCGACUCAACAGACCAUAUUGGAUGCGUGAAGAAGAUGAUGGAGGCUGCGCGGUCGAGUGGAGUUGUCGGGGUUCCUUUCCUCAUCAUAGAUGGUAAAUGGGCACUGAAUGGUGUUCAACCCACCGAGUGCUACGUCAAGCUCUUCCGCAAGCUCGCAGAACACCAUGAAAACGGAACCGCACUCUCUCCCUGCCCUAACGCCAGCCCAUGCCCCAACUCUAUCUAGAAGGUACCGCAAGCCCUCGCCUCAUAAUUCGCACCUACCUCUCUGCAUGUGUGUUCUUGCUUUCCCUUCCGUUGCCCAACGUUGAUGCUAUCUCACCUCACUAACAGCAGCCCUCUUCUCCUCAAUACAUCCGGAUCGUCUGCCUCAUCUCUUUCUUCGCUGGUGUUCUCUCUCAAUUCCUCGUUUCUGAGAAUAUGGUGCUAUCGCAUGUAUUAUUGCUCGAAUGGCGCACAGAAAGCGAAUUCGGAGGACAUUGUCUCUCUUUUCCCCUCUAUAUAUCAGCCUCUUGCCCCAUUCGUCUGUACCUUGCUUUCAGCUAUCUAUAUAUCCUUUGUCCAC